CGCGAUGUUUGCUAACUGACGGUGGUUGGAAAAAGACUCGGAGGGGGCGGGGUGCAGCAGAGAUGUUUGGAGGCUUUUUUUAAUAUAAAAUUAUUUAUUUAAAUAAAAAUGGCUGCCGUGGAGAGCGAGGAGGAGAGAAUAGAGGAGGGCCAAGAGGAGUGUCCACAGAGAGAACAGUCCCACAGCAAGACCAAGAAGCUACACAAGGAACGCUGCCAUGUUGAGCAGGCUUCUGCCUCUCAGGAGCCACACACCUCAGCAUCAGAGCCCGUGGCAGGGCCCUCGCAGGGGGCGGGGACGGAGCCAGAGGCGGAGCCUGUGGGUUCUCCCAGGCAGCGGCGCUCCAUCAUCCGAGAUCGUGGACCGCUGUACGACGACCCUUCGCUGCCUGCAGGCUGGACCCGCAAGCUGAAGCAGAGGAAGUCCGGACGCUCAGCGGGGAAGUUUGACGUCUACCUGAUCAACUCGGAGGGAAAGGCUUUCCGCUCCAAAGUGGAGCUCAUCGCUUACUUCCAGAAGGUUGGGGACACCACCACUGACCCCAACGAUUUUGACUUCACUGUGACUGGACGUGGGAGCCCGUCCCGCCGAGAGAAGAAACCCCCCAAGACACCAAAAGCGGUCAAACCUUCCGGUCGAGGUCGUGGCAGGCCCAAAGGCAGUGGGAAGAUGCGGCAGGCCACAGAGGGCGUGGCCAUGAAGCGCGUGGUUGAGAAAUCUCCAGGUAAACUGUUGGUCAAGAUGCCCUACAGCAAGGCCGAGUCCACCAGUGGGACCACGCCCACCCCCUCAAAGGUGCGACCAUGUGGCGUUCUCAGGAAUGCUGCCUAUCAUACCAGGAUAUUGUUAACAUGUAGACUUUUAGUCAGCUGUUUUCGAAAGGUGGUGUUACUUUUGGGCGCGGUUACUGCCUUCCAGGUGUCACCUCAUGUGCUGCCGUCAAUCAAGUCUCGUCCGGGCAGGAAGAGGAAGUCAGAGCAGGAUCUCCCUGCUGCUCCACAGACUACCCCCAAGAAACGGGGCAGGAAACCAGCCUCGGUUUCAGCGGUGUCAGUAGUUGCCGCAGCAUCUUCCUCGUCAGCAUCCACCUCUGCUAUGUCAACAGCAGGAGGCUAUGCCGCUGCCGCUAUCAUGGCCGCCGAGGCCAAGCGCAGGGCCACCAAGGAGUCUUCCAGCAAACCCGUUGUCCAGGAAACAGCCCUGCCAAUCAAAAAACGCAAAACGAGAGAGACCAUUGAGGAGAGGGAAAGUGUUCCUACCCCGGGAUCUAGCACAGCAGAACCAGGAAGGACGGAGGGUGUUCUGAAGGAACCAACACACACUUCCCACCCAGCUUCUUCGGAGCACAGCCAGUCUCAAUCCCAGAGGCAGUCCUCUACUUCCCAAGAAAGCUCCUCACAUGGACAUAAGACGCACAAAGGGAGGAAGCACAAGGAGAAGAGCGCAGCAGCAGGAAGUGGCGAAGAGGAAGUGAGUGAGGACGCUGGAGAGAAGGGAGGAAGAGGAGGAAGGAGUAGCAGCAGUAGAAGUAGCACCAGUCCUUCCAAAAGCCACAAGAGGAAGGAGCGCUCCCCACACAAACACCACCAUCAUCACCACCACCAUCAUCACCAUCACCACCACCGCCACCAACAGACCUCAGCUCCCUCUAUGGAUCACCCUCAUCCCGCAUCUGGACCCUCCAGCCAGUCCAGACCUAAAACUGACACGCAGCACUCAGCUCCUCCCAAACCUGCCCAACAAUCACACCCCCCAACCCCACCCUGUCACCUCCAUACCCAGCAGUCUCCAGGACAUUCCCAGUCCCAAGUCCCAACAACUCAGUCUUCUCCGCCUCAGCCACGCCCCCAGAAACCACUGCCCUCAGUCCAACACAGACCUCAGCUUCCAGUGCAGCAUGCUCUGCCUGUAUCACACCUUCCAAAGCCCCCGGCCGCCUCGCAGGUUCCUCCUCCCCAGACAAGGAAUCCAAAGCCGCAUUGCCAGUCCUCCAUAACAAUCCAACCUCAACCCAGACCCCCGUUUCAUACUCAACCCCAUCCGCAAUUCCAACCUCAGACUAGGACCCCAACCACAGCCCAAGCCCACCUUCAACAACAGUCCUUGUACAGCCCCCCCCAACAGACUCAGCUUCAGUCACAGCCCCCAAUGCAGAUGAGACCCUCCUCGCAACACCAACUAUACUACACUAGUCUGUCCCAAUCCAGGCCCCCCCAGGCCCGGGCACCGCCACAUUUUCAACACAUACAACCACAGCCCCCCAGGCCCAACCCGACACAGCUUCCCUCACAACAACCGUCUCUCAGCCCGGCCGGUAGAUCCCGCUUGGUGGUCCCAAUUCAGCAGAGCGAGCAGCCUCAAGACCUGAGCACUGCACCCCUCGGUCGCAGCGUGGAGGGGGGUCCCAGGACGGAAAGAAGAGUUGAACCAGGACUUGUUUCCGAAAGCAGAGACUCAAUUGAGGGCUCAAACAGCACCGCCAGGCCCCACAGCUCCAUGCGGGCCGAACCUCCCGGAGGAGCGGGGACAGCAGGCGAGGCCAGGGAGCUCAGAGACAUUGUUCCCCAGUCUGCCGUUCCCUGCCCCAGCCGAGAGGAAACGGUCGAGUCUCGGACUGCCGUCAGCGAAAGGGUCAGCUGAUGGACUGGUCAAGUUAGACGAGUGGACCGCUUUGUUGUUGUGGACUGAGGUGGUACCAGUGAGGGCUCUUCCUCCAUCUUUGUGCACUGUUGUUCCACGGAACAACCUUUUCUCUGAGCGCCAAGCUAGCACUGACAGACGACCCAGGAGAAGGACACAUGGUGUCAUUUUGUAGGAAAAACAAAAGGAAAACUAGAUUGAAAGGGUGCGUGCAUGUGUGUGUGUGUGUGUGUGUGUGUAUGUGUGCGUGUGUCCAUAAUCAAAAGGCAGCUGUUGCGUUCCGCCAGUCUUGGCGGGGAAGGGGGGAGCAGUUUGGAACUAAAAACAAACGCCUAAUUACGCAUUAGUCCGAAUCAAGCGUCAUUUCCGGAAUAUAACCUUUUUUUAAUUUUAUUUUAUUUUCUAUUUUGAUAGUUUAUUGUAUUGUCUUCACAGCUUUAAAGUUUGAUGUCAUUGACUGACGGUCCCUAGCACGUCACUGUGCUGCUGACUGACACGUCCUUAUUUAAGAUGAAUGACUUCCUGAAAAAAAGAAACAGAAAUUAGGGACGCUUUAUUUGCAUCUGCCAAUAGUUUCACUUGUUGUUUUCCACAGUGCCCCCUACUGGUAGCCAACAUAUCUAUACUUACUGCUAGAACACACAGACGUGCGGUCCAAACUUUAUUUAAAAGACAAGCUGACAUGUUCUGGAAUGUUCCAGACUGACUCUCAUGUUGGAAAAAUACGUGAGAGCUUCUUCCAUCUUGGUUGUGUUUUUAUUAUCACUGUAGCAUAGCUGCUUCUUCACCUUAGUUCUGGUGGGCUCAUCAUUACUGUACUGUGACGACUUUCUUUGUCUUGAAUGUUCUGGAACGGUCCCUGGAAGACUAGCAGGCAGAGGUUCAACUCGUUUUCACAACAGACGUUCUGAAUGAGCCAAGCGCAAACAUGACCGUUCAAAAUCAGUUUGGAUGAUUGAAGUGGGACAUUCCGUGUUGCUAAAACACAUCAUUGUGUGACUUUAGGAAGAAAGACGUGGAUGAUGAUUAGCCAGACCCGAGCAGUGAUGGCAGAAAAGUUGUCACAGGUUUGUCUUCCAGGUUUACUCGCAAUGGCGCAUACAGCGGUUCGCUUUUCCUGUCAAUGGUUUUGUUGUGAUUGGUCAGAACACAGGUCACACUUUAAUUUGGAACAUCUUCCAUUUUGAUGACAUUACCACAUUUGUUUCUACACUAGCCACUACACUCCAAUUGUGUUUUCAUCCACUUGUGAAUUGGAAUGGUUGUGUCGAAUCCAGGAGAUGUCUGUGGGAUACAUUGUUGUGGUCUACCACCAAGCAAGUGUGACAAUUCAUAGACCGGCAAAGUUAAAACUGCAAUGCCAUGAUGAAGUGUUAACAAAGUAAACAUCAUGUUUCAUCGAUGGUUGAUCCCGGAUUUCUCCCAACUUUUUUUGUGGCGCAGCCUGAUGGAACAGGAAGUAGAACUAAGGACGUCAUUGAUGAUUGACAUCAAUCAAGUCAAACAUCCAGACAUGUUCUGAACUUGCGAAAUUGAAACAUAAACAAUCACUCGGUAUUUGUCAGGUUCCAUCCGGGCAUUCCGCUACCUGACAGUUAGGAGGCGGCAAGGUUGGAAAACUUUGUAAUGUGCAAGCCACUUGAUGUUGACUGCACGUUCGGUCACAGCUAGCGCCUUCGCCGGCCAAUGUCAGACGUAAGCAGCCGCCAUAUUGCAUGUUCCAGAGUCUAGUGCCUAUAACCUCGUGCGUCUUGCCAGAAGCCACCAUGUCAGCCAGCGGCCAUGUUGUUUCUAGACUUAGUUGUGAUGUGCGGUGACUUCAUAGCUGCUGAAUAAUAAUAAUAAUAAUAAUAAUAAUAAUCUGCUUUCAACUCAAUACACUGUCACUGUAGACUCACUAGUUUUUACCUGGUUCUUAGUUCUCUUUCGUAUUAAAAAGCGUUUGUUGUCCCCUCCA